UUUCCUGUCAAAAUUGUAUAGAAAUAGACUAUCUAAUUGCAUAGAAAUUUCCUACUGAAAAAAUGUCUUCCUUAGAUCUGAAUUAGCCCUCAGUUCUUUGAAUGAUACACCCUCUAGAUCAAAUGGUUUUGCAUAUUUGCAUAUUGUGAAAUGCUGUCUACAUGUUUUAUCCAAUCAGCACAAGAUAGUGCCUGUACAGACCUGUGUCUUAUAACACCUUUGAGGGUGACAGGAAAUGUCGUAAAAUAUCAGUGUGUGGCAUUCCGUGGUUUCAUUCCUCUCGUGAGCGCUCAGUGUGAGACUGUGGUGUGCAACUUUUCUGAAAUACGUAACGCUAUACCUCUUUCUUUUUUACUCUUUCAUUCAUCAUGCCCGGCUGGAAGAAGAUGAUGGACGAGUUCUACAUUGAGGAGCGGAUCUGGGCAGAGCUGGCUCACGUGGAUAUCCUUGGGGAGGACCGCAUCAAACUCAAAAAUGUGUUUGCGAUCAGGUGGCUCAGUAUGGGGGAGGCUGUCCACAGUGUAAUGCACUGGCAAUGUACACUUGGGGAGGGGGGUGUUACAGCUGGAGAUCCAGGCGCCAUCGGCAUCCACCAGCAACUGAGCAGCUUUCUGCCUGUGGCCCUCCUCCACUUGCAGGCGGAUGCCCUGGAUGCAACAAACCAUCUGUCCGGGUUGUCUCAGUGUCGGGACAUCUCCUUCUCGUCACUCGGAGAACGGGUACAUCAUUAUGAUCAAGUACAUAGAACAGAUAACUAUGGUAGCCAGAAGACAGAGCAACUACAGCAGGAAAACCAAUUCAACAAUUUAAGGUAUAAGGCAAUCAUUAAGGAUCUGCUACAGUUAAAAAAGAUCGUCUGCGAUGAUGGAACGCCAGUCACCGAGGCAGAAGAUCCCCGUAUCCCAUCACAUAUUCAGCAAGACCAUGACUUCUCUGAUGCGAUUCACCACAUCCGGAAUGCAGUUUGCUUCGAAGGCAAGAAUGCCAGCAGACAACUGCUUUGA